ACAUCUUUCGCUUGAAUGUAGCCGGAUACGCGAAUAUAUCUCGGCAGCUCUUUGUGUUCAAUAACUGGAAAAUCGCAUUAACGUUACUUAACAGGAGUUAUAAUAAUUAUUAGUUAUAAUUAGUUGUAAUAAUGUAGCCUGUUUUUACACCAACGCUAACAAGCUAACCAGGCUCAAAUCCAAAAAAGCUCGCAGUCGAUCUUCUUCAGACAUUAAUGUUAUUUUAAUGUUUUCUGGGGUUUUGGGUCAUUUGUAUUUGCAUCGAUUACCGAUUUCUCUGCAGCUGUCAACAUGGUCAACGUACACAAAGGAGUCCUUGUUGAGUGUGACCCCGCAAUGAAACAGUUCCUCCUCUACCUGGAUGAAAAGAUGGCCCUGGGAAAGAAGUUCAUCCUCAAGGACCUUGACGACACACACCUCUUCAUCCUGGCAGAGGUGGUUCACACCCUCCAGGAGAGAGUCGGAGAGUUAAUGGACCAGAAUUCAUUCCCUGUCACGCAAAAAUAACACAAGAAACUCUUUCUUCUUGGACUUCGGACUGUUCGAGAGUUUGUCUUAAAAUGAACUUGGUUUGCAAUGUUUUAACUGCAGACAUUUUUUGUUGCAUUAAUGUGAAAAACAACAACUUUAUGAGUAAAUAAAGACGUUUUGUUGGCUUCA